AUGGCCGGAUCCACGGACCAGCAGAGCGGUAGAAGGGAAGCGAGCGACUCGGUCGACCGCCCCGGCAGCCCCGGGACCCAAUCGCCGAUCCCACGGAUUGUCGUCGAGCCAGCCGACGACAGGAUUGGCGACAACGGACCUCCCCCGGCUACCCGCCAGUCCGCGGCUCCGAGAGAACGCCCUCGCCUCUCGGAGCGACCCUUCCUUGAGGUCCCAAGCCCCCCUCGGCCUUCCCACCGGCGCCUCGGUUCGCAGCAGAUCGGUUCCUCCCAGCCCAGCCGCGAGCCCAGCCGCAGCCGCAUUCCCCAGUCGCUGACCGGCACACUCGGUCUGCCCCCGCUGAUGACCGGGCCCAUCCACCCCCUCCGGAUGCACCCGGUCCACCUCACAGGCUCGUCGAGCAUGCCCAUCGCCGACACCACAGGCCGCCCUUUGGGCCUACGCUACGACGGCAACCCGUACACGCUUCAAGGAAAGGCAGUCAUGGAGAAGGUCGACAAGAUGCUGGCCGCCAGCAGGGCCCUAAAGCCCGAGGCCGAGAGGAGCUCCAAGGGCUCUAGGUCCGGGGCUGCGGGGGCGAUGGGCUUCCUGAAGAAGCUCCGAUCCCCCUCCCAGCUCUUCUCUAAGCCUAAGCCGCGAGUACCGAUCAAGCCGCACCAGAUCCGGCACAUCACCGGCAGCCUCGAGCCGCUUCCGCUGCCGGAGCAGACCAGGCAUGUCCCCAGCGUCUGCCUCCGCCGCAACGAGCUAGGAAACCUCAAGCGGGAAAAAGCCCUGCGCGUGCUAGGAGAGACGCCUAACCUUGACCCCCUCCCGUCUAUAGACCUCGACCCGGCCGCUACCUCCCCGGAUCUAUCCUUCUCGUCAACCUCCAUAUCUACAGAGGAUGACCACCCCUUCUUCUCGCGUUCGGGCACCACUACCACCGCGGAUAUCGCCACCGAUACCGCUACUAAUACCAUCACCACCGCCAAUAACAAUACCACCACUACCACUAUGGCAGCAGCAGUAACAACAGAGACCGUAGCAGAGACAGCUACACUAAGCGGCCGAGCGCCCGCAGGGUUUGAGACGCGCCCCCUCCGCGCCGCAAGGUCAGGUUCUUCCCGGGGAGUCACUUCUGGUGCCGGCGCGGGUACGGCUGCCGGCGCGGGUGCAGGCAUCCGUACGGCCCCUGAAAGCCCGACAAUGGCGGCGCGCACUACCACUACUACUAUUACCACCACCACUAGCAACAGCACCACCAGCAGCACAAAUGCCGGCGCGGGCAUGCACACCAGCACGCGCGCGUUCAGACGACGAUCGCGUAGCGUUCCCAGCCUCGACGCCCUGCUAACCACGCCUCCGCUCCAGGGACGCCCGCGCCCGCACCCACAGGCCGACGCAGAGGGCGCAGGGCCCAGAAGCGCGGCUGGUGCUGGUGCUGGUGCUGGUGCUGGUGCUGGUGCUGGUGCCGCCGCCGCUGUCGCUCCUCCCCCGUCGCGGUGGGUGAGCCCGCGUGCCGGCGGGGGCGACCGGGUCGCCACCAAACGCCACCCCACGCCCGCGCUGGGGGACCUGGCGGCGCUGGAGCGGGCGCUGCGCGAGAGGUUCCCCGGUCUCGCGGGCGAGGGGUCGCGGGUGGUGGUGGUGGAAGAGAACGAGGAGGAGGUGGAGGAAGAGGAGGAGGAGGAAGGUAAACCGGGGGACUUACAGCCGCCGGCGGGAUAUUUCUAG